AGGUAGCUCGUAAACUGGCGGCAAAAGUAUCGCUAGCGACUCGAAUCGACGCACUUGCGGACGAGUCGCUGGGAACUGAACCUGGAGAAAAAAGUCGAGCUUAUAUCGAAACAUUCAUUCGAAUGGAGCAGGAACGAGGACCAAAAAGAAUAACAGGAAAACCUGCUCAACAUGAUACUUAUAUAUAUAAGAGCACUACAAGUCGAUACGAUCCUUGUGCAGAUUCAACAGUAAAAAGUUCUAAGAAACGGAAAUUUUCUGAAGGUAGCGACAUUGGUAGUGGUAAUGGUCCUGAUACGAUAAGUGUGGUUGGCGAGAGUCAAACUAAUAAAGAUGGCCCACCACAAAAAAAACACAAGAAAAAGAAGAUCAAGGAAGAAGUUGACGAAUAGAAGUUGUCAGAGCAUUCAAUCUACCACUAUCACUUACGAAGUACAACCACUCCUUUAUUACUAUAUUUGGAACAUAUUUCCUUAACAAAUAAGUUUUCUAGCCUCAAGGAAUGUAACGGUUUGUCAUACAUUUGUAAGGGAAAAUUCACAGAGUAAUAGAUUUUUAAGUCAGCAUAAAAAUUUUUUAAGUUGACUUAAAAAAUUUUUUUAAGUCAACUUGAACUUGAAGGCUUGAUUUCUUUUAGCUUAAUAGUCUUCUAUGAAGCUAUGUACUGUCUCUGUUAACCUUUGUUGUUUGUUGUAAGUUUGAAAGUUGGAUAAAGUUAGAUUUUUUUUCCCCACAUUUCUGCGCUUUUUGCUUUCACACGAAUAAUUCACCGUCACACAGUGCUCAGUUUUUCAGAUCUAUUUAUAAUCUUGUUUGUCAUAUUUGAAAAGCUCCAUCACUUUUUCUUUGUGUUUUAUACUGAUUUCAAUUUUCAUUCUCAGGACUACAAGGCUUUCUUUCUAUAGUUCUUUCUUUGAACAGCAUGGAUCGUAGUU